GUUUGUCGUUUGCGCAGACACUGUUAAGAGGCUCUCUGGAUUGAAAGGUUUCAACAAUCUGAACAAUGGCUGAUGUCGAACCAGAGGUUGCUGCGGCUGGAAUCGUGAAAAAGAGAACGUUCAAAAAGUUUUCCUUCAGAGGAGUCGAUCUCGAUGCUCUUCUUGACAUGUCUACCGAUGAUCUUGUCAAGCUCUUCAGUGCUCGUAUUCGCAGAAGGUUCUCUAGAGGGUUGACGAGGAAGCCUAUGGCUUUGAUCAAGAAAUUGCGCAAAGCGAAAAGGGACGCACCGGCAGGUGAGAAGCCAGAACCAGUGAGAACCCACCUAAGGAACAUGAUCAUCGUUCCUGAAAUGAUUGGAAGCAUCAUCGGUGUAUACAACGGAAAGACUUUUAACCAAGUCGAGAUCAAACCGGAGAUGAUUGGGCAUUACUUGGCUGAGUUCUCAAUCUCGUAUAAGCCGGUUAAGCAUGGUAGGCCUGGUGUUGGUGCUACCAAUUCCUCCAGGUUUAUCCCCCUCAAGUGAAUUUAGCUCUUUAUACAGACCAGUCUUUGUUAUUCUACAAAACUGAGUCUUUCGUUUUGAUUUUUCUUUAUAACAUUUCCUCUGUUUUUCCCUUUCCUACUUUAGAUUUUGUCUAAAAACAAUUGUUCCUGCGUUUAAUAAUACAUAUAUAGCAUUCUUCUAAUAAUAUC